AUGGGUCAUAAGCGUCCAGCAUGUAAGGCACCGCUGAGAGCCGUGUUCUUCAGGUCUAACAAUGUUUUAUUGUGCAGCAACGCCCAGGGCCAGCUGACCCCUCAGGAACAAACAGAUCUCGUACAGGCUGCCAACUUUAGCGAGCGGGACAUUAAGAAACUAUACAAGCGCUUCCGUGCCUUGGACACCAACCAGAAUGGAGAGCUUGAUCCUCAUGAGCUCUUCGAAGUACCUGAGAUCGCUGAUAACCCUUUGGUGAAAAGGGUGCUCUCUAUAUUUGACACAAAUGGCGACGGGCGCGUUUCAUUCAUCGAGUUCCUUGUUGGCCUUUCGAAGCUGGCAGCCGGAACUGAUGAACUCCAGAAGACGAAAUUCGCGUUCGACGUAUACGACAUUAACAAGGACGGCCACAUAAGCAACGGGGAACUUUUUGCGGUGAUGAAAAUGAUGGUGGGAAACAACUUGAAUGACCAGCAGCUGCAACAGCUGGUGGACCGAACGAUCCUCCAGGCGGAUAAGGAUGGUGAUGGGAUGAUAUCCUUUGAGGAGUUCCGAGAGAUGGUCUCGCAUAUCGACAUCGCGGAUAAACUUCGGGUUGACGUGUGA